GGCCUUGAACGUGUCCAGAGGUUUAUACAUUCAUUUGCGUUGCAAUGGCAGGCGCUGAGUACAUCAGGGUUUGUGAGGAUGAGGACGAAACACCUGUUGAAGUUCCGAUAGAGGAUGAUGGCACAGUACUGUUAACCACACUGAACUCUAUUUUCCCCAAGUCAACUGGCCUUAAAUACUUGGCUCCUGAGUCAGGGUGUUAUAGAGGCGUCAGACUAAAUGAAGGAAAGCUGUUCGCCCCGUCAGAUGGAUGGGUACAUGUUUAUCAGUGUGCAUUUCCGAAAGACAAUAAACGCAAAGGCAAUGAGGAUCAGAACUCUUUGGUAUCCAAAUUUAAAAAGCUAGAAGAUAAAAAAUGCACUGAUCUGAUUGUUUUGAACUUGGCAUGGAAGACUGAUGAAUCUACACUCAGAGAAUACUUUUCGAGGUACGGUGAUCUCGUGACGGUGCAGAUCAAACGACAUCCAGGGUCCCAUUUAAGCAAAGGGUACGGAUUCAUCCGCUUUAAUGAUGUAGAAUCCCAAAUCAUGUGCUUGUCUGAACGUCACAGUAUUGAUGGCAGGUGGUGUGAUGUAAGGAUACCCAUUUCCAAAUCUGAGGGGGAUCGUCAGGAAGUAAGUCGAAAGGUACACGUUGGUGGAAUCACAGAGUCAAUUACAGCAAAUGUUUUGAGAGAAUAUUUUUCGCGUUUUGGAACAGUGAUUGAUGUCUUCAUUCCGAAACCAUUUCGCUCAUUCGCGUUCGUAUCAUUUGAAGAUCCUGAAGUUGCGGCUGAUUUACUGGGCAAAGACCAAGUUAUAGAAGGGGUGUCUGUUUCUAUUGGAUCGGCUGUACCUAAGCUGCCUCCCCAGCAAAACAGACAAAAUCCGUCCAUGUAUUCCGGUUCUCACUAUGGGAAUUCUCACAACCCAUGGGCCUGGCCAUAUCCUUCAGUAAUGAAUGGUCCAAAUCCACGCGAUUUUAAUUCUGGGAUGUACAAUUCUAUGAAUUCUAUGCACAAUUACAAUAUGGCACCUCAUUCACCAAUUGGAAACAAUUUUUCACCUUACCAAAGGCAGUACACUUCGAAUGCAAACAGAAUCAAUAUGUAGACAUGGUAUGUGCACAUAUUUCCGCGCAACCCGUUUGCUUUGUAAUUUCAGGGUGUGGUUUUGAGGUGUUAGCCGAAACAAAUGUCAUCAGGUCGAGCCACAUUCUGGGCUAUAAUUUUACCCAAUCGCCCAUGCUAAAGUAGGUGGAACGGAAUUCAAAACCACAUUUCAGUGGUUGCAAAUCAAUUGCUUAAGUCUGAGUAUAUAAGCAACUAGUUUCAAAAAUGUUCAUUUUAGGUGUACAAAAGUGGGAUUAAUGGUGUUUCUCGUACCAUUUGACACAACCCUGCUAAUUAGUUAGUACCUACGAGUUAGGCACCUAGCACUUGCCAUAUCAAGUCACAGAGCUACUCUAUAAUGGUUUUGUCAACCACAAAUCCCUAACUUUUUCCGGUUUAUUUAGUCACCUUUUCUAUCGAUCACUCACUUUAGUAUUUGACUAUUAGGUCCAGGGCCCGAAUCCUGCUCCUCUUAAUGCAGCCUGGGAAACUUGAUAGCAGUUGUACUGAACGCAGACAUUUGCUGAAGUCUUCCAGUCUGACAGGUCGACUGAUUUAAACAUCAAACUCUGCACAGAAGUGCAGCAGUUCGAGUUGCCACAUCCCAUGUAGCACCCAGGUGUAUGAAUAAAAGGAAGGAAAAUAGAUUCAGAAGAAAUAUGAUGGAAAACAAUGAUAACGUGGAAAACAUGGAGAAACAAGAUGGCUGAGUGGAUAUGGGAGGUCGCACAGAGUGAAUGCAUCUACGCCAUUUAGAACAAGUUUAAACCAUAUCACCAAUUGUGUCCAGCCAUUGCUUCCUAAUAUCUCCACCUGCCAACUGCUCAAACUACGCCUUCGUACCUGGUUUAGAUUAUGUUAGUGAUUUCAUGAACUGCAACCAUUUUUCCACUUGACCACCACUAUCUCUUUUCCAGCCUUAUCCGAUGCCAGCUAGCGUUGCUCGUCGAGGAAGGCGAUGGCUGGGAAUUCCCAACACAUGUCCUAGACAUCUCAGUUGAUAUGGCUUCAUAGCCUCAUCGACUGGCUUUGCCUCCUAACCUAACAUUCGGCGCCUAACCUUAAUAUUACUCACCUAAUUAUGCCAUCUAACACGGAAUAUAGGAUGAAGAAGGACAGCUAACGUUUUCAUUUGUCUCGAUUCCAGUGGCCAUGUCUCAGGAAGGACAGAGUGAACCAUUGAGCUAGACAGUACACACGUUCUUCGAUCGAUAGCCAGUCGGAUAUCAUGUCUGUGGUGUAGAUGGCGUAAAUUGGCGGGUUCCACAGAAGUGGUUUACGCAUCCGUGCUGAGAUUCGGUCAGCAAUCAGUCGGUUAGGGUUGAUGCAACUUCACAAGUGAGUGAAUUGUCCAACAGGCUGUACCGCUUCGCUCCCUAAUAUUGAAUCUAGAAGUUGGUGUAGUCCAAUCUUGUAGCUGUGUCUUACAUUCGACAGGAGCAUAUUGCAUGCCAAACAUUCGAAGAUUUUGUCAAGGUAUUCAUAAGACUCUUCAUUUUAUUAGCGUCUAAAUGUAGGAGGACAAAAUCAUCCAAACAUCCUAAGUCAGUAGGACUUUCUUGGUAACAAAUCGAUUCCGUGGUGGCUGAAAUCAGUUGGGGUCAAUUCCAUUUGUAUACCUUUGUUGAAAUUCAACAAGAAGUGUCACAGGAAGGGCUUUGACGCACCACUUUUUUUAAUCACUUCAGAUGACAAUUCCCCAUAGGUUAUUACUUGGCUGGGUGAAACACACACUGCCUGUUAGGAAAGGUUUUUAAGAUAAUGUCCAUAUCAUGAUCUUACUGCUUUAGAGUGUUAUGUUGUAGAAUUUUGGGGUUUGGCCUGUUUUGACCCCCUUUUCCAGAGUAAAGAGGCAGGAUAGUUGACAUGAUAGUCAUCUGAAGGAAACACCUUACUGCCUUUACACCCCCUGUCCUGCAACAGUAAAUAACUUACACCAUACUGGUAGCUGCUUUUAGUCGAAUCGUCAUAACAACAUUUCUGGUGUGGUACGAACAUUAGUUCUAGCCGGUGUAGCUCGACCACCACGUCCAGGUAGCAGAUUUCGAUCGAUCUGACUCAUCCUAAUUUAGCCUGGGAAUUUGGUUAGUGUCAUCAAACCUUAGUAGAUUAGUAUGGCUCUUAACUUGAUACUUGAAUGGCCUGUUCUAAAUAAUUGAGUUGAAACAAUAAACUUGAGAAUUCGUUUUUGUUUAACGUUAAAAGAGUUGAACGCAUAUUGCAUUUCUGCGGCGCAGAAUCUGUCGCUGAUGCAUCCUUAUUCCUAAUCAUGGUUGCGAUGUGUGGAUAGCGUUACAUUUUGGUCGCCAUUUUAUUAAGUGAUAUCUGGUUAAUAAUGACUUUCGUACAGUUUUUAAUGUUUAUCAUUUAUUGCCUACUAACAUUAAUUGAAGUUAAUCAGUACACAUACUUUGUAUUCUGUAUUAAAAUUUUCAGUCGAAUAAAUAUAUUUAUCCUAAAACUCUUCGUAUUCAUUUUCCAUAAUUGAAAUUAUUGAUAAUCUAAUAAGGUGAAUUUUUGUACGUAGUUGCUUUGUUAAUAAAAAUAUCUAUUCUGCCAGUGAUUAAUACAUCGUGUUUUAACAUGUUUAUCUCUUCGCUGUGGAACCUAUAUGCUACAAUGAUAAAGAAUAAAAUAGAAUAUUACAUUUCGAUUUAAAUUAUGUUAUAUUUUGAAAAGAGUGGUAAAACCGUAUGCUUUGUUUACUGUCUCUUUACUAAGUUACGUUAUAUUUCCGAUAUUAAAGUUGCCUAUUGUUGGUCAAAUAAAAAAUAUGUAGCAAAAAGCUACAAACCAGAGACCUAGCACUACAUACUCUCAUAGAUGGAUAAGAAACUGAACAUUUCUAAAAUUAAUACAAAAUGCGAUUGCUGUUGAAUUCUCAAUAAAAAAAAGUAAUUUUGUUCGUUUUGUUUGCAUACUGUCUCUCUAUUUCUCUCUUCAAUCUAGCUUUUUUGCGUCUGUUUGUAUGU